GACAACUUUUCCUUUUACGACGACUUCCAAAUUUCACCAUAUAGUCCAUCGUACGUGGCAGUGAAGACUGUCACAGUUCAACGCAGACUGUUCAGCCUGCACUAAUACGGAAGCCUUGGAUAGGCUCACUGGUACCGACUCUGGGGAAUAUAUUCCAUGCAAUCUAAACAACUUCUUUUUCUUUCCAAGACAAACGCAAUCAUCCAAUCUUGCCGCUUGCUUGAAAUACAUCUCGGAUAAUCUCGUCUCGCUACUCGCAAGGUGUUCAUCGGCAGCGCCCUAAGUACAUCGCAAGCCGCAAUAAUCACAUCCACUUCAUUGACUGCCAAAUUCCAGCCUCUGCGACAAGCUUCAAUGUCUACAUCCACCUUUUCGUCUUACCUCAAGUCCCAGAAAGCAGAUUUUCUAGCUGAUAACGGGGAAGGAUGGACUGUAGUAAUGGGCAAUGAAGCAGGAGAUCUCGAUACCGUCGCUAGCGCGCUCGGAUACGCCUGGCUGCGCUCACACACGAGCGGAAAGACGAUCGCAUAUUUGUCUACACCCAGGGAGGAUUUCUUCCUUAGAGGGGAGAAUAUUCAUGCCCUUGGUUUGGCGGAAAUCAAGCAGCCUUACGAAGAGCUCUAUUGCUCCGGUGAUCCUAUGCCAUCGCAGGUAUCCAAGUUCGCUCUCGUCGAUCACAACGUCCUCCACCCCAAUUACGCCUCUCCGACUGCCAGAGUCGUUGCCGUAAUCGAUCACCACGAAGAUGAAGGACAAUACAAGGAUACAGCUGAUCCCAGGAUCAUCGAGCUAGUCGGAAGUUGCUCGUCUCUCGUCGCAAGGCUGUAUGAAUCAUCCCCAAACCUUGAUAUACCCCCAGAAGUGGCUACGCUCUUGCUGAGUGCCAAUCUGGUUGAUACCCAAGGUCUCAAGGCGGGAGGGAAAGCUGUCGAUGUCGACAGGGAGGCGGCUACCUUCUUAAUCCCUCGUUCCCUUGUGAUGGGAGUCUCCGCAGUAUCGACCGACCAACCGAUCACACAAUCCCCUUCCAUUCAGGCUCUAUCCGCGACGUUGAUUGAAGAGAAAUUGGCUGUAUCUCACUUCAGCACGCGGGACUUGCUGCGGAGAGACUACAAGGAGUAUUUAUUCAAGGCGCCUGCAUCCGACGAUGCGACACAAUCUUCAAAGACGAUAAACGCGGGUCUCGCCACCGUCCCACUUCGUCUCUCCGCAUUUUUCGCUUCGUCGAAAAAUCCCAUCAAGGAAAUCCAAGAUUGGCUCGUCGAAAGAGAUCUCAGCAUCCUCGGCGUGCUUACUUCCUACCGGAACAAGAAGGACAAAGGAAGGAGGGAACAGCUUUGGAUAAUCAAAGCAGGUGAAGGGAUCGAAGCGAAACUUUGGCCGGGCCUCAAAUCCAGCAAAGAGCUCGGGCUGAAGAGGCUCGAUUUCUCAAAGUUCGUCGGUAAUGCCGACGCUGAGGAAUCUGAGGACGAAGAUGCUGAAGAUGUCACGAGCGAUGAAACGCAGUUCGAGGAGUUGUAUAGUGCGAGGGCAUACAAGCAGAAUGCCAAAGCGUCGAGGAAGCAGAUUGCCCCUGUUCUGAAGAGAAUUAUGGAAGGAGCGUGAGGUGAUUGAAUAUUGCUUGAAUCUGUUUGAAAUUUACUCAUAGUAUCCGAUGCGUAUGUAUGUACAAGUAAGACACAAGAUGUACCCAAUGAAUAUUAACGAUCAUCGUGUCGGAUCAUUUUGUUUUUUUCAU